AUGUCUGCGGUUCGAGCCCAAACGGAACAUCUUGACUGCUCCUAUCUAGGUUUGGACAACCGGACAGUUAUACCAGGCACAUUCAAGCGUAAACCGUACGCGAUAUUGGGCAUUUUAUACGGGGGUCUAUCCACGUGGUUUGGUAUGACGCGCAAAUCAAGAAACACGUGUCAGCAACAACAGAACACCAGCAACAUGAGUGUGCGCACAACUUCGGGAUCUUCCGUGGCCAUGGCUAAGAUCACCGUCACGUAUGACCGGCUCGUGAUAGGAGGGUAG